GUGUGUGUGUAUGUGUGUGUGUGUGUGCUGGAGGGGGUGUGUGUGGUAAAGUGGGGGGAGUCUCGAGCUCUGAGGGGCUGCGGGACAGUUGAGGGGAGCACAGAGAGCAGAGGAGCGGUCCGGAGCUCAUCCGUCAACCAGCUGGAGGAGCCACACUAACGAACCCUAUGGCUGCUUGAGAAACAACCUCACACAUCCCCCCUCUCCCCCUCUUCUCUUCUUCUUUUUUUAAAUUUUCUCUGGGACUUUUGACUUGGUUGGAGUUGGAGUCUUGAGAACAACUUGUUGCAGGUUGAGUCAGUUGCUGUGUGAGCUGAGAAGUGAAGCCCACUCUCUGUGGAGGCGCAGGCGGCCAUGGAUACCCGGAUCAGAUGGAGACUUAAACGGAGGAGAAGAGACCUUCAUCUCUCUGUAGCCGUCAUUCUGCUUUUUGUGGUGUCGAGUGCAAAUUCAGCGGAACCAGCUGACCUCUUGAAGAUUUUAGAUUUUCACAAUUUACCCGAGGGCGUAACAAAAACAACGGGUUUCUGCUCACAUCGAAGGUCAUCACAAGGACCUGAUGUGGCUUACAGAGUAUCCAAAGAUGCCCAGCUCAGUGCCCCCACCAAACAGCUUUACCCAGGUGAUGCCUUCCCUGAGGAUUUCUCUAUCUUGGCCACGGUAAAACCCAAGAAGGGCAGCCAGUCCUUCCUGUUGUCUGUUUACAACGAACAGGGCAUCCAGCAGCUGGGACUGGAAGUGGGACGCUCCCCUGUCUUCCUGUACGAAGACCACACAGGAAAACCCAGUCCAGAGGACUACCCCCUCUUCAGAGGAGUUCACCUUGCUGAUGGAAAGUGGCAUCGAGUGGCCAUCAGUGUGCACAAGCAGACCAUCACCCUUAUUUUGGACUGUAAAAAGAAGACCACCCAGAAGCUGCUCCGGGACCCACACCCCAUCAUUGAUACCAAAGGAAUUAUAGUGUUUGGAACAAGGAUACUUGAUGAAGAAGUCUUUGAGGGAGACAUCCAGCAGCUAAUGAUUGUAGCAGACCACCGGGCUGCAUACGACUACUGUGAGCACUACAGCCCCGACUGUGAAGUGUCAGUACCUGACCAGCCACAGAACCAGGACCCCAAUGCAGACACAAAAACAGAUGAAUAUCCUACAGAAGGAAACUACUAUUAUGAAUACCCUUAUUACGAUGACAUCGAAGGGAAGCCCUAUGAAUCCACCUCCGAAACAGAGACGAUCACAAGAAAACUCCAGGUGGCAGGUGAAGGUGAUGCAGUGAGCACGGUAAAAAAAAGUGUGAGAGGCGGUUCUGGCGGAACUGGCUCCACUUCUGUUUCCACCGGCUCCACCGGCUCAUCAUCCAGCUCAUCAUCCGGCUCAUCAUCCAGCUCAUCAUCCGGCUCAUCAUCCAGCUCAUCAUCCGGCUCAUCAUCCAGCUCAUCAUCCGGCUCAUCAUCCAGCUCGUCAUCCAGCUCGUCAUCCAGCUCGUCAUCCAGCUCGUCUCGCAGCACUUCAGCUACAGAAGGAGAAGAAACGUACGGAGACGAGAACACCCCCUACGACAGCUACGAUGCCUACAAUAACUACUACUAUGACGAGUCCACCGCUGCACCUGAUGCUGACACCACUGGACGGAUCACCAUCACUGAUAUUGGCACCGGGGGCCAGUUGGACCUGGGAGCUGGAGGGAAGGUGGACCUGGAAGCUGGCGCUGAAAUCAACAAGAAGGUCAUCACCGCUGGAGGAAGCACAAUAACAGUCACCAGCAAUAAAACAGGUGGUUCCUACAGUGACUAUGGGGAUGGUUACGACUACGGAGUGGACAGCUACUACACGACCGGUGGAGUGGACAGCAGCAGUUCUACCAUCACCAUCGGGGGUGGCUCAGUUGGAGGUGGUGGUUCUGUUUCCGUAGGAGGUGGUUCCGUAUCUGUUGGUGGGGGUUCUGUUUCUGUGGGAGGAGGUUCUGUAUCUGUCGGAGGAUCUUCUUCCACUGGAGGUGGAUCAGCCAGCGCUGGCACUGGAGCCGGCGGGUCCGUCUCCACCGGGACAGACCUGGGUGCGGGUGGAGACAAUGACUACUCAGACCUGGAUAAGUUCAAGGAGGAGGACAUCACAGAUUAUGGCGAUUUGGGAAAUAUCGACUUGUACGAAGACUAUGAGGACACCAAAGUGCUGCCCGCUGAGACCGAUGAGUACUACGGACAGGUGGACGGAGCUCGUGGUGAGAAAGGACAGAAGGGAGAACCCGCUGUUAUUGAGCCUGGAAUGCUGUUGGAGGGUCCGCCAGGGCCUGAGGGGCCAACAGGUCUCCCCGGACCCCCAGGUUCUUCUGGCCCACCAGGCGGUCCUGGAGAUCCUGGAGAGAGAGGUCUGCCGGGUCGUCCUGGUCUUCCUGGUGCUGAUGGUCUGCCAGGACCCCCUGGAACUGUUCUGAUGCUGCCUUUCAGACUCAGUUCUGGAGGAGAUUCUGGACAGAAAGGACCGGCUGUUUCAGCACAGGAGGCCCAGAUGCAAGCCAUCAUGCAGCAGGCCAGGCUGGCUAUGCGUGGACCCACAGGUCCAAUGGGAUUGACUGGUAGACCUGGUCCUCUGGGUCCCCCAGGGGUUUCAGGACUGAAGGGAGAGUCUGGAGAAGCAGGACCUCAGGGACCUCGUGGACCUAUGGGGUCUGCUGGACCCACUGGAAAGCCUGGCAGAAGGGGUCGGUCUGGUUCAGAUGGUGCAAGAGGAAUGCCUGGACAGACUGGACCGAAGGGAGACAGAGGUUUUGAUGGUUUGGCUGGACUUCCUGGUGAAAAAGGACACAGAGGGGAACCUGGCCCCUCUGGACCUCCUGGUGCUCCUGGAGAAGAUGGAGAGAGGGGGGAUGAUGGAGAGAUCGGACCCAGGGGACUUCCUGGUGAACCGGGGCCCCGCGGUUUGCUGGGACCAAAAGGACCUCAGGGACCUCCCGGACCACCUGGUGUUGGUGGAAUGGAUGGCCACCCUGGACCCAAAGGAAACAUCGGACCCCAAGGAGAGCCGGGCCCUCCUGGGCAGCAAGGCAACCCCGGUGCUCAGGGACUCCCAGGGCCACAAGGAGCGAUUGGACCUCCAGGAGAGAAGGGUCCAACUGGAAAACCGGGUCUUCCAGGAAUGCCAGGAGCAGAUGGUCCACCGGGUCACCCAGGAAAAGAGGGUCCAACUGGAGAGAAAGGACACAUGGGCCCAGCUGGCCCUCAAGGACCCAUUGGUUAUCCUGGACCCCGAGGCGUAAAGGGAGCUGACGGUGUGCGCGGCCUCAAAGGAAACAAAGGUGAAAAGGGUGAAGACGGCUUCCCCGGCUUUAAGGGGGACAUGGGAAUCAAGGGUGACAGGGGAGAACUUGGACCAGCUGGACCCAGAGGAGAAGAUGGUCCCGAGGGGCCAAAAGGUCGCUCAGGGCUCCCAGGGGAUCCUGGUCCACUUGGACCCAAUGGUGAAAAGGGUAAACUUGGAGUUCCUGGAUUACCAGGAUACCCAGGGAGACAAGGACCGAAGGGAUCUCAGGGUUUCCAAGGCUUCCCAGGCGCUAACGGAGAAAAAGGAUCUCGGGGAACAGGAGGAAAGCCAGGCCCACGCGGACAGAGGGGACCAACGGGGCCUAGAGGAGAAAGAGGGCCGAGAGGACCAACAGGAAAAGCUGGGCCCAAAGGUAACUCAGGGAAUGAUGGCCCACCAGGACCUCCCGGUGAGAGGGGUUUACCAGGACCUCAGGGACCAACGGGAUUUCCAGGACCAAAGGGUCCACCUGGACCCCCAGGAAAAGAUGGACUGCCUGGACAUCCUGGGCAGAGAGGAGAGACUGGAUUCCAAGGAAAGACGGGUCCUCCUGGUCCUCCAGGUGUGGUCGGACCUCAGGGACCAACAGGUGAAACUGGACCAAUGGGAGAUCGGGGUCACCCUGGACCUCCAGGCCCACCUGGUGAGCAUGGCUUGCCUGGACCAGCUGGGAAAGAAGGCGCUAAGGGAGACCCUGGUCCUGCUGGCCCAGCAGGUAAAGAUGGCCCCCCUGGCCAACGAGGUUUCCCUGGAGACAGAGGUCUUCCUGGUCCUGUGGGGGCUCAUGGCCUGAAAGGGAAUGAGGGUCCUCAAGGCCCACCUGGUCCUGCUGGUUCUCCUGGUGAGCGGGGUCCUGCUGGACCAGCUGGACCCACAGGUCUGCCUGGACGUUCCGGCCCUCAGGGACCUCCGGGCCCUGCUGGAGAGAAAGGUGGACCUGGAGAGAAAGGACCUCAAGGCCCAGCUGGAAGAGAUGGUAUUCAAGGACCUGUGGGUCUGCCAGGACCUGGAGGACCUCCUGGACCACCAGGAGAGGAUGGAGACAAGGGAGAGAUCGGAGAACCUGGACAGAAAGGAAGUAAAGGUGAUAAAGGAGAACAUGGUCCUCCUGGUCCUACCGGUCCUCAAGGCCCUGUUGGAGCUCCAGGUCCUGCUGGAGUAGAUGGAGAGCCAGGUCCCAGAGGUCAGCAGGGUAUGUUUGGUCAGAAGGGAGACGAAGGCUCGAGAGGUUUCCCAGGACCUCCAGGUCCAGUUGGGCUGCAGGGUCUGCCGGGUCCACCUGGAGAGAAAGGUGAAACUGGAGACGUGGGUCAGAUGGGUCCACCUGGCCCUCCUGGUCCCAGAGGCCCCUCAGGACCCCCAGGAGCUGAUGGCCCUCAGGGACCUCCUGGUGGUAUUGGAAACCCCGGUGCUGUGGGAGAAAAGGGCGAUGCUGGUGAAACAGGAGAACCAGGUCUUCAGGGAGAAGUUGGCCCACCAGGUCCAAGAGGAGAGCGUGGAGAGAAGGGAGAAGCUGGUCCUGCUGGUGCUGCUGGACCUCCUGGUCCUAAAGGUCCUCCUGGAGAUGAUGGACCCAAAGGCAGCCCUGGUCCAAGUGGUUUCCCUGGAGACCCAGGCCCACCUGGAGAGCCUGGUCCAGCUGGUUUAGACGGUCCUCCUGGUGACAAGGGAGAUGAUGGAGAGGCCGGUCAGCCUGGUUCACCAGGACCCACUGGAGAGUCUGGUCCCUCUGGACCACCAGGAAAGAGAGGGCCACCUGGAGCACCAGGACCUGAGGGAAGACAGGGAGAGAAAGGAGCCAAGGGAGAGUCUGGUCUAGAAGGUCCACAAGGAAAGACAGGACCUGUUGGCCCUCAAGGAUCACCUGGAAAGCCUGGUUCUGAGGGGCUUAGGGGUAUCCCUGGUGCAGUUGGCGAGCAAGGACUUCCUGGUCCUCCAGGCCCAGAUGGACCUCCUGGACCCAUGGGUCCUCCUGGUUUACCUGGUCUGAAAGGAGACUCUGGUGUUAAAGGAGAAAAGGGUCAUCCGGGUCUUAUUGGUCUUAUUGGACCCCCAGGUGAACAGGGAGAAAAAGGUGACAGAGGUCUUCCAGGACCCCCAGGAACCUCAGGUCCUAAAGGAGACAAUGGUAUUGCUGGUCCUACAGGUCCACUUGGUCCCAUCGGUCCCCCUGGGUUACCUGGUCCUCCAGGUCCUAAAGGAGCCAAAGGGUCAUCUGGUCAAACAGGUCCAAAAGGAGAGAGUGGUUCACCCGGACCUCCUGGUCCUCCUGGCCCUCCUGGUGAUGUCAUCCACCCACUCCCCAUCCAGGCUCCUAUGAAGGGCAGAAGCCGAAGGAACAUUGAUGCCAGCCAGAUCAUGGAUGAUGCUGCUACAGAUGCCAACUAUAAAGACUAUGAUGACGGCAUGGAGGAGAUCUUUGGCUCUCUCAACUCAUUAAAGUUAGAGAUCGAGCAGAUGAAGCAUCCACUAGGCACACAGAGCAACCCUGCUCGGACCUGCAAAGACCUACAGCUUUGCCACCCAGACUUCCCUGAUGGUGAAUACUGGAUUGAUCCAAACCAGGGUUGCUCACGGGACUCCUUCAAGGUUUACUGCAACUUCACAGCAGGCGGAGAGAGCUGCAUCUACCCAGAUAAGAAGUCUGAGGGGGCUAGGCUCACAACCUGGGUUAAGGAGAAUCCCGGUUCCUGGUUCAGUGAAUUCAAACGUGGUAAACUGCUUUCCUAUGUGGAUGCCGAAGGAAACCCCAUUGGCGUGGUCCAAAUGACCUUCCUAAGGUUGCUAAGUGCAGCAGCCCGCCAGAAUAUGACAUACAACUGCUACCAGUCAGUCGCGUGGCACGAUCAGGAGAAGGACAACUAUGACAAGGCCAUCCGCUUCCUGGGCUCCAACGAUGAGGAGAUGUCUUAUGAUAACAAUCCCUACAUCCGCGCACUGGUCGACGGCUGCGCGCUGAAAAAGGGCUAUGAAAAGACAGUACUUGAGAUCAACACGCCGAAGGUGGAGCAGGUGCCGUUUGUGGACAUCAUGUUCAACGACUUUGGCGGUUCCACGCAGAAGUUUGGAUUCGAAGUGGGACCUGUCUGUUUCAUCGGCUAAGACUGAGCAAAAGAAAAAGCCUAAUUUUGUUUUCUCAGAAAGAAAGAAAAACAAUUGACAAAGAAUGGGACAAAUCUAUUUGUAAAAAACUGUUUCCAUAAAGCAACACGUAUAUGCAAAAUGAAAUUCUGUUGGGAGUGUGGCGAAAUUUGAAAGGAAUAGAGCGGAUAUAACCUUGAAACCUCAGUGUGCCUUCUCUAUCACAUGCAAGUUUUGAAACUGGAUUUCAUAUCCUUCCUCCGGCCCCCUCCCCUCCCCACCCCCACGCCUCAUUUCUUGAUUUUGUCCCAAACAACAAAGGCGACCCUAAGAGCUGCAGCCGUUGCAGAUGGUCGCAGUAUUUGCCACGGACUCCUUCUGAUUUGGCUCGUUUCUUUUUCUUUAGUUCUGCUCUCGUGUUUCAUGUUGCCACCUGUCUGUGUUUGGUUUGUUGGUUGUUCACCACAGGAGCUUCGUUUGUGCAGAACUGUCUCACCAUUCUCUUGGAAUGGCUUCUCUACAUAAAUAUAUAUAUAUAUAUAAAUAUAUAUGAAUGACUUUUUAUGUUUGUAAGUAUGUUCUGUAUAUUUUUCCUGUUUAUUGCUUCUGGCUUCAAAACAUGCAUGUGACUUUUAUAAUUGUGAGGUAGGAGACGGUGGAACAUCUAAUUAAUGGGAACACAUGGAGAGCGAGGAUAUUCGACCUGUAAAGUUAAAAACCAAACUAACAAACUAAAGGAAUUGGACGUCCUGUCUUUGUGGAGCAGACCUUUCUUGUAAUUUAAGAACAGAAUAAAGAUGAAAACACGCUCUGUGACAUGAUGUGACGGUUGUUUGCAGACUAAUAAAACAUUCCUUAUUCUGUGCCCUCUGAACCAAAAGUGCCACCUCAGUGGAAACAUGUUUGCUGACCAUGCAGCGGAAGGUGAUGCCACAUUUUAACGAAAACACAAAGAAAUCAAAACCUAGGUGCUAUUUUCUCUCUCUUGUGGUGCUAUGUAUUUUUCUAGUUUGUGUUGUUUGAAUAAAAGGAAACUUGUGGUGACGUUA